AUGGAAAUGACGGGUUUCAUGGAGAAUCAAAUGAUGGUUAGAGAGGCAAUUAGUUCAGUAUGCUCCCAAUUUCCAAAUACAUACUGGCAAGAGCAUGAUCAAAAGGAAGAGGACCCGGCAGAUUUCCACGCCGCCAUAGCUAGGGGUGGUUGGCUCGGUAUCGCGUUACCAGAAGAGUUAGGCGGGUCCGGCCUUGGUAUUUCGGAAGCGGUGAUGAUGAUGCAGACAAUUACCGAGUCAGGGGCCGGGAUGGCGGGCGCGCAGGCUAUCCAUGCGAAUGUCUAUGCGACACAGCCCCUAGCUAAGUUCGGCGCGAAGGAGCAGCUUGAAAGUACAAUACCUAACAUCAUCUCGGGAAGGUGGAGGACUUGUUUCGGAGUGACAGAACCGAAUACGGGCCUAGAUACGUUGAGAUUACGAACAUUGGCCGAGAAACAGGCGGACGGUUCGUACAGCGUAACCGGCCAGAAAAUCUGGAUUACUUGCGCGCAGGUGGCCAAGAAAAUGAUUCUUUUAGCGCGCACUACACCCCUAGAAGAAGUAAAGAAGCCUAGCGAAGGGCUGUCCCUCUUCUGUAUCGACCUAGAUAAAGAUGUACCCGGGUUAGAUAUUCGGAAAAUCAAGAAAAUGGGCGGGUGUGCAGUAGAUGCGAAUGAAGUAUUCUUCGACAAUUACAGAAUUCCAGCGGAUACACUAAUCGGGUCAGAAAACCAGGGCUUCAAGAUAAUACUGCACGGGAUGAACGCUGAGCGCUGUUUGCUUGCGGGGGAGGCGCUUGGCUUAGGUUACGCUGCGCUGAAGAGAGCGGCGGAGUAUGCGCGCGAACGCGUUGUCUUCCAGCGGCCUAUUGGCGCAAACCAGGGCAUCGCACAUCCGCUAGCGGACGCGUACAUGCAUCUUGAGGCCGCGAAGUUGGCUACAUAUCACGCUGCGCGACUUUACGACAGUAGUAAAACAGAUGAAUCGAUCAAGCAAGACGUGAUAGGAGUAGCUGCUAAUACGGCGAAGUAUUUGGCUGCUGAAGCAGCAUUUACUACUUGCGAAAGGGCGGUUAUGACGCAUGGCGGGAUGGGGUACGCGGUAGAGUAUGAUGUUGAAAGAUGGCUUAGAGAGUCGCUAGUGCCUCGCAUUGCUCCGGUGAGUCGAGAGAUGAUCAUGAAUUAUAUUGGUGAGAAAGUAUUACGUCUCCCGAGGAGUUACUAG